AUGCUUCCUCCAAAAGGCACACGACUGGUCGCAAAAGCAUACGACCCUCUCUACUACAACGAUGACGAUGGGUACAUCAACCCAUUCCUUUGCAUGGACAGAUCCUACACUCAUGAGGCCAACGCAUAUAUCGCCCUCAACGAGUUUCAAGGUCAAGGGAUCCCGAGAUACUAUGGAUCCUACUCCUUGAGUUUAUCUGUCGAUUCAGUCCACACACGGACAGUUCGAAUGAUUCUGGUCGAGCAUAUUCAAGGAAUCACGAUGGCAGAUGCUGAACCGAGAAAAUACCCCCAGGCAGCUCGCCAAAGUAUUCUGAAGUCAAUUGUGGACCUCGAAAGCCGGAUCUACGAGAAGGACAUUUGGCUCAUCGAUCUCGAGCCGCGAAACGUCAUCAUAAGUUCACCAGAGAGCGACCAGCUCCGUGUUGUGUUCGUUGACUUUGGAGAUGCUCUUUUCAACCGCAGGCGAGAUGAUCCUAUUGCGUUAGAAUCGAACAAUUUUCUGGGACAAUACAUUUCACCCCUCCUUCGGUGGAAGGAAUCCAAAGCCAAAGAAUAUGCAUUUUUAGAAUGGAUUGAUUGGGACUGGGAUCCCUGGCUCAAUGCCGAGUUUGCCCAUACAGCUGCAAGCAUCACUCCCGAAAUGCGAGAACGAUGGUCCGAUGAUUAUUAA